CAAAAGUUACAAACACUCGAAUGCAUGGGCCUCAAUCUAAACACCUUGGAUUCCGUGGGAUUUCUCUCUUUCUUCUCUUUUCUUUCAUAGCUUUUUUUUAUUAAUUUCAAUUAUUUAUAGGGAUCGAGACUGACAAAUUUUGCCCAAGUUGAUGUAAUUGUGCAGAGCACCCGAAGUGUCAUCAUCCCAACUUUGUCUCCAUUGAGAAAUUUGGGUCAAACAUUUCCCACCAAUCAACAUUGUUUUCAUUUAAUUAUACUACUUGCUGGGUGUGGAUGGUUACAUCUAUAAAAAUUCUUAGAAUCCGCCAGUAUGGAUCCACACCUGUAUUUCAUCUUGUUCCAAUCGUUUUCAUUUUAGUCCACCUCUUGCAAUAACCAAACACUCUUUUGCUUGAUUUCAGUUUGAACCGGCAAUGGCCGAAGCAAUUGCAUUCGACCUCGCUGUAGAGCUUAUUACUAAAUUGAGCUCCUUUACUCUCUCUCAAAUUAGACUGUGUUGGAAUGUCAAAGAUGACCUCGACGACCUCAAAAGCACCGUCUCCACAAUCAAAGCUGUGCUUCUUGACGCAGAACAGCGAUCUGUGACCAGCCAUCUCGUCAAAGAUUGGCUUGAAAAGCUGAAAGAUGUACUUUAUGAUGCCGACGACCUGCUCGAUGAUUUCUCUACCGAAGCUUUGGGGAAAGAUCUAUUGGGUGGGAACAAGUUGACGAAAGAGGUACGCCUUUUCUUCUCAAGCUCAAACCAGUUUGCUUACGGUCUCAAAAUGGGUCGUCAAAUUAAGGCCGUUAAGGCGAGGCUAACUUCGAUUGGAAGUGAGGCCAAGAUGUUCAAUUUGGUAGAGCGUGACCGCCCCAUGGAAACCUCUUUCAUGACUAAAAGGAGGCAUCAAACGCACUCUUUUAAAGAUAACAUAAUAGGGAGGGACGAUGAUAAAGCAGCUCUUUUAAAACUCAUGUUAGAGUUUGAAAGUGAAGAGAAUGUUUCCAUCAUUCCAAUUGUGGGGUUAGGAGGGUUAGGGAAGACUGCUUUGGCGCAGUUUGUCUAUAAUGAUGAAAUGGUCAAAAAUCAUUUUGAGUUGAUGAUGUUUGUGUGCGUUUCGGAUGUUUUUGAUGUCAAAAUAAUUGUAGAAAAUAUGAUCAAAUCUGCAACUGGUGAAGCACCAAAUCAAAAACUCGAAAUGGAUCAAUUGCAAACCCAACUUCGAGGAAAAAUUGGUGGGAAAAAAUAUUUGCUUGUUUUGGAUGACAUUUGGAACGAGGAGUGGGAAGAAUGGGUUAGUUUAAAAGAGUUAUUAGUAGGUGGGGCUAAAGGAAGUAGGAUAAUAGUAACUACUCGCUCUUUGAGAGUAGCAAAGAUUACUAGUAAAUGUCAACCUUAUGUUCUGAAAGGCUUGUCUGAUGACGAUGCUUGGUCUUUGUUCAAAGAAAUAGCAUUUGAGCAAAGAUAUGCAGACUCAACAAAUGCAGCCUUUGUAGAAAUAGGGAAACACAUUUUGGAAGGGUGUGGUGGGGUUCCUUUGGUCAUAAGGACGAUAGCAAGUACAUUAUCUUUCAAAGAAACUGAAAAGGAGUGGCGUUCUUUCAAAGAUAAUGAAUUUACUAGAAUAUGUCAAAACAAAGGUAAAAUUCUAGAUACACUUAAGUUGAGCUACGAUCAUCUCCCAUCCCAUUUGAAGCAUUGCUUUGCUUACUGCCGACUGUAUCCAAAAGAUCAUGAAAUUCGUGUACAAACUCUUGUUCAGUUUUGGAUUGCACAAGGCUUCGUAAAGCAAUUGAAUUCAAGUCAAUCUCUUGAGGAGAUCGGGUUGGGGUAUUUUACAGAUUUAGUUGAAAGAAGUUUCUUUCAAGAAGUAGGAGAAAGAUAUUCGUGGGAAGGUCUAACAUGUAAAAUGCAUGAUUUAAUGCAUGAUCUAGCUGAAUCAGUAUCAGGGACGGAGAGUAGUAUUGUAGAUUCAAAUGAAAUUGCAAUCCAGGUUGGUGAAAAAUGUCGCCACAUAUCAAUUGAUCCUUCAUUAAUUCCUUUGUUUAAAGGAAAGAAGUUGCGAACUAUGUUACAAUUUCCAAAUAAGAGAAAUCACAAUAUGAACGAAGAAAUUUGGGAUUUUAUGAUUUCAAAUUAUAGAUGCUUGCGUGUAUUGGAAUUGAAUGGUUUAGAUUUUAAGAUGAUUCCACGCUCCAUUUGUAAGUUGAAACAUUUGAGGUACCUUGAUCUUUCUGGGAAUUUGAAUAUUAAGAGCCUCCCAAAGAGCAUUUGCAAGAUACAAAAUUUGCAAGCUUUGAAACUUAACUUAUGUUGGCAGCUUGAAGAAUUGCCGAAGAAGAUUGAAAAAUUGGUGAAUCUUACCCAUCUGUCGUGUAGUGAUUGUGUUAGUUUAACUCAUAUGCCACGUGGAAUAGGGAAGCUGACUUCCCUUGAGACGUUAAGCAUGUUUGUAGUGGAUAAAGAUGGCUCACAUGACGGUGCAGAUCUAAGUGAAUUGAGUGGGCUUAACAACUUAAGGGGAGAGCUAAAAAUAACAAAUUUGGAAUUCGUAAAAAAUGCAAAAGAGAAGUUUAAAGCGGCUAAUUUGAAAGAGAAGCAACAUUUGAGAUUGUUGGUUUUAGUAUGGAAUUAUGAUGAUGAUGAUAAAGAUGAUGGUAAUGAUGAUGACGACGACGACAAGUCACUUGAAGACCUCCGGCCCCAUCCCAAUCUCAAGGAGCUCUUUAUUGGAGGAUGGAGGGGUGAUGCCAAGUUUCCAAGUUGGCUUUCUUUGCUCACAAAUCUCGCCGUGAUUAGAAUAUGGGGUCCUAGUAAUUUCAAACAAAUCCCGUCCUUUGCGCAAUUGCUUUGUCUUCAAAAGCUGUCAAUUGUUGAUUUAACUGAGCUGGAGUACAUGGACGAUAAUAGCCCAAAAGGAAGUCAGGGAGAACGGGAGUCAUUCUUCCCAUCGCUUAAGUCUCUUUGCCUCGAGAAUUGCCCAAAUAUGAAGAGUUGGUGGAGGAAAAGGUCCAUUGAUGAUGAUAACGAGGAUGACACAACAGUUAUAGGAACAUCAACCAUGGCAUUUCCUUGUCUUUCCUCUUUAGAAAUUGUAAAUUGCCCUUUGACUUCAAUGCCAUUGUAUCCUUCACUCGAUGAUGAUCUAAGGUUGGUGAAGAGCAGUUCAAGGCCGUUAAAGCAGACCAUGAAGAUGAACAUCACUAGUACGACCCCAUCAACUUCAACAUCUUCUCUUCCUCUCUCCAAAUUGAAAUCUUUCCAUGUACACAAAAUUGAGGGAUUGGGCACUCACAUGCUAGAUGAGUACUUGAAACAUUUCACUGGCCUCAAAAAAUUGACAAUAGGAGAUUGCAAGGAGGUUGAUUUAGAGGGAAUGCAAUGGGAAGCCCUUAAGAAUCUCUCUCAUUUGGAGAUUAUUAAUAUUCCACAGCUGGUGUCUCUCCCCCUUGGGCUUCAACAUCUUGUUCAAUUGAAAAGAUUAGAAAUUUGGAAUUGCAGCGGAUUGAGGUCACUCUUUCCUGUGUUCCAACAUCUCACUUUCCUUGAAGUGCUUGUAGUAACGAACUGCAAGGAGCUGGAGCUAUCAGCAGCUGGCUUCCAAAUAUUCCAAGAUCAUACAAGACUACGCUCCCUAUCACUGGAAAAUAUUCCAAAGUGUAGACAUCUUCCGGAGUGGAUUCAACAUCUAACAAAUCUGCAAAUUCUUUCUCUUGUUGAUUGGCCCAAUCUAACGUCGCUUCCGGAUGAGAUGCGCUGCCUAACCAAUUUGCAACAGUUAAAUAUACAUGAGGUUCCUCAGUUGGAAGAAAGGUGUCAGAAGGACAUUGGUGCCGAUUGGUAUAAGAUUGCUCACAUUCCUUCAGUAACCGAUUGGUCUAGUGCUGGAUAUUUGUGAAAGGCAUUUGACAACUUUAAGAAAUUAGAUGCAGAAAAAGAUGUGCAUGUGUUCAAUGGAAGAGCCAAAAAGCAGGCAAUGCAUUCUUCAUCAGCUGACCUGUCCAUGGCAUUGUACUCCCAUGAAAUCCUCCUCUCUAUGCACACGUGUUCUUUCUUUUCUUGGUUGAAGAGUCCCACUGUUGAUCUAAUCCUAAUUUUUGCUAGAUUUUUGCUCUCUUCUUCGGGAGAGCAUAGCAUAUAUUACAAGAAGCAGAGGCUAUACUUUCAACUACGAUUUUUUCAUCUGCCAAAAUAUUCCAACUCAAGAAAAAUGAUUCUUGGAGUCGUGUUGGAGAGAGCUUAAACACGCAAUGUGGUUGUCAAGUUAAAUCAUGGAAGGAUCUUGCUUCAGAAUAUUUGGUGGUGAGGAUGAGGUUGAUGCUCUAUGUUAAUGGGAGUUUUUUACUAUUACAGAUUACGAUGCCCUAUGUUUGGCCCUUUGUUGAACUUGAACUGAAAAAGCAUAGAAAAUGGCCAUUCUUGCACAUAAAUAAAGUUCUGUUUAGCAACAGUUCAUUGUUGCUUUUGGAACGGUCUCGUUGUUGAAGCAUGAUAAUUGUCGGAGAUAUUGCAUUUGGAAAUUUAUUAUGCCACUUUAUACGGAGCUUAUGAAGAGUUUCACCAAUCCUAGAGGUUAUAUAUAGAUGAUUUAUUUUAUGGAUGAUGUGUGAAUUUAAAGAAGCACAUAUCUUCAUAAUAGGAAUUAUUAUUGAGUGACAUUGUUAUAUACCAUCCGAGUGUUUAUUUUCACUUGCAUAGUUAAAAUGAAUUGGAAGAUAAAUUACUUAACUAUACAAAGGUGAGGUUGUAUCAAGUGUUAGGGGUAAAGUUAAAUCACUCCUUUAUGCUAUGAAGUUUAUACUAUAUUUAUAUCUGGGCAAGGCCUCGCAGAUGUAAGAAGAGUUCUGAACUAUAUAAACAUUUUGAUUAUACUUUUUAUUUUA